AUGCGAUCUCGUCUCAUCCUCUUACUUGUACUAUUAAGUGCAACGCAUUGCUUUGCGAAUCAGUUCUGGUUGAGUGUUGAAGUGGAGCAGAUUGACUGGACUGAUGGAUGUUUGACAACUGCAUUAUGCUCUCAUCCGAGAUUUCAGCUGAUCAAAGAUUUGCUACCGGUUAAUGAGAAAGUUACAAUGAAUUGGCCAAUUGUCGAACAUUUUGAUAAGGAAUCUCAUCGUCCAUUCGUCUCUUAUUGGCCAUCAGGACGUACUGAGGAUAUCUCAAUGUCCGCCCAAGUUGUUGGAACAGAUCGGACCUAUGGUUUCCCGAGAAUUUGUGAUCAAUCCCCCUCUAUCAGAAUCUUCCCAGAAGAGCAUAAAAAGAUUGUUGCUCAUUUGGAAAAAGAGAAACCAACUGGAAAACCGCCGAUGGAUUCAUUAAAAAUUAAAGUGAAAGGGAAAUGCUUCAAUGCAACGAUGACUGUUGUCAAGCACACAGAAAGAUGUCCAUGGUGUCCAGAUCCAAAAGAAAUUACAAUAAUUGGACAAGAACCGGGAAGUGAGGCAACUGGAUUGAGAGCUGGAUCGGCUGCGUGGCUAUUCGGAUCGUCUUCUUCAUUGAUUUCUGAUGAUCGAAUCGUUCAUAUCGGAGUAUUAGUUCUUGCAAUUGUUGCUGUUUUGGCAUCAACUGCAUUCGCUGUCAUUUUGGUUAUGUACUUGAGAAAUAAGAGAUUGGUUAAGGAGACACUCAAAAAACCGAGAUUUCACCCGUAUAUUUCGGUUAAAGGGCACGAAAUUGCAGAGGAUAAUAAUAGAUACGAUCUCCCUUGGGAACAACAACAACGCCCGUUGACUUAUUGGAUGACGUCUUCUAAUAAAUCAUCUGAAUCCACAAUGACAUCUCCGUUGGAUUCUGCUUCAUCUCUUCAUGGAAGUGGAAGUCAUCAGAAUCCGAAUAUGUUCAACUCGCAUCAUCAUCAGAAUCCUCAUCCGGAAAUGUAUCAUUCCACGUACACACGUGAUGGAUAUCAGACGUAUCGCCCACCUCCUCCAUCAGUUCAUCCACCUAUUUUCCCACCACAAACUCAACUUUUCCAUCCUCCAACCUAUUCAACACAACGUCAUGUAACAUCUCCAAACUCUUCGAGGCAUGACGAUUCUGGAUUGGAAUCUGUUUGA